UACCUACAAGCUCUGUUUUAGACCGUGUUCCUGUCAUCUAAGAAACCUCUGUGUUACUGGCUGGCUGAGAGUCAUGUCUGACUGCGAAGUGGGGGUGCAGGACCCUGUGGCUUCUCCAGGACCCCACCGGGACGGACUCGCUGUGGGAAGCGCACGGAGGGACAUAUGCUGAAUGCUCCCAGGAGAGACCCAGGAGGUGAAGCCGUGUGAGCUUCUUGCCCUGAAGACAGUCUGCUCCAUGGGAGAGGAGGCUCCCCAAAGUCCUGACUGGCUUUGUGGGGAGCAGUUCCAGAGCAUUGCCCGGGGACUCCGUGACAGAGGGAAGCGCGGGAACCCCUGGCACCGGGCUGGGCUGGGUGGGAGGCUGGCACUGCACGGCCUCAGUCUGGGUACCACGUAACUCUGCCGCUUCCCUGGCUCCCGCAGGCUCUUCGGGUCAGCAGGCUCCGGCGGAGGGGGACGGAGGGCAAGGGAGAAGGUGCAAAGAAGGAGCGGGGGAAGCAGCCGCGUGAGCGGCUGGGCCGGGACCCCCCAAGCCGUGCUCGCCGAGCCCACGGGAACCGCUCCAUCCACCAGGCAGGCAGCCGGCAAACGGAGUGCCGCCCGCCAGGGCAGCAUGAGGAGGGACUGCCCCACCCACAGGAGGCCCAAGGCUCCUCCAGGGAGCAGGAGGAAUGUGUCUGCUGCUCCGCUCUCUGGCACGAGACUCUCCUGCGUGGGCAAGAGCAGGCCCAGAGCUCCUUGUCCGGCCAGCAGGAGCUGUUCCUGCGCAGCUGGGGGCUAGCUCAGAGCUCCUCUUCUCUCCAGCACGAGCCGCCCCUACUCGCUUGGGAGCGGAGAACUGGAUCGAGCCAGCACGCGAUGUUUCUUCCCAGGCAUGAGGAGUACCCCGGCCCCUCUCCUGCCGUGCAGGAGCCCUUCCUUCCAAGCCAAGGGGAACAUGGCUGGGGAGGGAGUUUCCUGCGCAGAGGCAGAGCAAGGAGUCCCCAGGCCGCUCACCAGAGGCAGGCGCAUCACCCCGAUUGGAUGCCGUUUCUGGCCAAGUCCCCCGGUGGGGCCAGGAUGUCAGGGCGGGAGGCCAAAUGGCAACAAGACCGAGAGAGCGCAGUGCCCAGGGCCGCGGGGGAAGCUCUGACGUCUCUGGCUGGGAGAUCCCCGGCGCGGGGCAGCCCUGGAGCCCUGCGUGUGCCCAGCAGGAUCGAAUUGGCCGAAGCGGAGACCCCCUUCCUCCAGAGCGACGUCAGGGCGAUUCUCGAGCGGCACGUCCAGGUGAAGAGGCUGCAGCACGCCCUGGGGCUGCCCUGCACCCUGCAGAGAGCUCUGAAGAUCUUCAUGCCCCCAGCACCGAAACUCACCGCCCGCAGACCCUCGGGGGCAGGCAGGGUGGUGACAGUGCCACAGGCCCUGCCCUUCCUGAGCGUUGGCUUCAGGGCGGAGCUGGAGCGACAUCUGCAAAGGCUGGUGCAUCUGAAGAGAUGGGGGAUGCCCAGCAGGAUCCAGGAAUCCUUGAGGCUGUUUGCUGCUUUUGCCCCGCCGGCAGGCCCGCAGCUUCGUGGGGCCGGUGGGGAAAGGGGCGUCGGGCAAAGCCGGCUGGGGCCCAGCCAGCCAGACGUCCCCGCAGGGAGCCGCUUGGCAGCAGACAGCAGAACCCAUGGCCUUGCUGCUGAGCGGAGGGACAAGCUCCAGUGGCACCUCGCGAGGAAGUGCCUAGAGAUCAGGGUGGGGGUGAGGCCGGCCCUGGUGGAGAGAUCCCAGAGAGUGGCCAGGGAGGGGGAGAGGAUACACCUCCCCAGGCUGAUCUGUGCAGGCCAGAAGCCCCCCAAGCCCAGGGCCGGCUCCCUGCUCUGCCUGCCGCCCACGGCUACGGAUACGCUGGACAUGAACGUGAGACACAAGCAGCUGGUGCAUUUCUGGGGGCUGCCCACGCCGCAGGCGGCGUCUCUGCCGAGGAUGAUGCCGAAGGCUCCGGCUGUGCCGCUGGGGAGCGCAGCGGGGAGGGCCUGGACGCAGAUGGGCCUGGCUGGACGCGUGGGGGCCGAGGAGCCGGAGUGGAACGGCUACGAGGAGCCGGUUCCCCUGACAGAAGCCAGCACAGUCGAGCUGCUGGUGCCCCACCCGGGGCCGCCUCUGGUCACAGCCGAGGCCAGGGACCGUCUGGAGCGCCACAUCCUGAGGCAGAAGCUCCAGCGCGAGUGGGGCUUACCGCGCGUGGUGCAGAGAUCGCUGGGCGCGUUCACACCCCCGCCACCUGGGAGGGGGCUCCCGAGGCGGGGCCAGGCCCCAGCCAGAGAGAGCGUCGCCACGGGCAGCCUGCACUUCCUGCGCACGGAAACCAGGGAGCGCCUGGAGUCGCACGUGAGGAAACUGGCCCUGGAGCGGAGAUGGGGCCUGCCCCAGAGGAUCCUGGAGUCCUUACGGAUGUUCCUGCCGCCUGCCCCAGCGGGAGCAGAGCCCAGAGGCCAAACCCAGCCCCUGCUCCAUGUCUGCCAUACACCCCCCCAAGGUCCUACAGCCCUCUCCACGGGGCAAUCGGGAGAGCUCCAGCCAGGCCCCGGGGAGCCCGUCACCCACCGCUCCCAGCACUGGCACGAAAUGGGGGUAAAGGAGGGCAAAGCCAGCUGCCCCGAGGCAGUGCCCCAACACGCCCUGGGGAGCAGCAGCAGGAGAAGCCAGGAGACCUCCCAGACGCGUGAUGGGGAAGGGCCCCCCGACUCCCCACGCCGCUUCCCGGAGGACAAGGCAGAGCUGAAAUCCACCCUGGACUUUCCCGGGAAGAAGGUGCUGGGAAUUUCCCACAGGGCCCAGGAGUCCCAGAGACAGGCCUUGCGCCCGGUGGCCCAUGAGCCUGCCCCACAGCAGAGAGAGCAGAGCUCUGAGGAAAGGCCCGGGCGGUGGAGGACCCACGAUGGCGAAGGAGCCCCGCGGCUGGCGGGGACCGGCAGGCGCUCCCGGAGCUCGUCCGUGGAGACAGCCCUUUGGCGUGAGAAGAGGAUCUCGCGGGAGCCAGAAUCCAGCUUCAGGAGAAUGGCCCAGAGCUGCAGCCGCCAUGGCCCAGCGGGGAAGCAGCCUCUGUCUCUGGAAAUCCUGGGCCACCUGGACAUGGACCAUUGCACGUGCCCAGACUGCCCGUGCUGCCAGCUAGAGGGGCGGGACGGUGCCCGCUCUCGGGGGGCCAGCUCUCCUGUGGGGCAGACACAGCGUCUCUGUGUAAGGGGGUCAGUAACUCUCCUAGGAGACGCGGCAGCUCCCAGCGCGGCGAAAGAUGAACCGUCUGCCUCCUCUCUGUCGUCUCUGGAGGGCAGCGAGUCCAGGGCCUCUGCGGGAGAAAGCGCUCGCACAGCCUCUCGCCCAGCGCCCGAGGAGCCCAGGCUGGCAGGGGUGCAUCUUGCUCCUCCGCGGGCCGCGGCACACCGGCUGUACUGGCUGGCGCAGAAGACUCCGGCUUCCUUCCUCCUGCCGCCCUGUGUCAUACGCUCCCAGGCCGUCUGUGCCCACAUGGCAGCUGAGCGGCUGAGAGCCGCUGCCCAGGAACACGGGCGGGAAAUGAACAUGCGGCUGCAGCAUAGGAGGGGCCGGAAAAGCCAGCUGGGAGAAAGAGCCCUCCCCGCGGGCACAGGAGAGCCGGGAUUCCCGACAGCUGGCUCCUUGGGCCAGAGACUGACCAGAGAGUCCCAGAGCCUGGCAACCCAGUACCUGUGUGAGACGUGCCGCAGCCUCUUCACCGCCGGUGAGGAGGGACUCAGCCCCCUGCCCUGUCCACCUCCAGGGAGAGGGGCCGAGUCACCGUCCGUCCCCUGCAAGGGGAAGGGCCCCGCCUUCAGGGGACUCAUGCUGGCCUUCCUCAAACGCGUCACCUCCAGGGCAUCGGUGGGGAAGAGAGGACGGGUCGACGGGUCGGUGGCUGCACCGCGCGGAGCCCCCCCGCCCCCUCGGAAACUCGCCCCGUCCCCCAAGAGCGUAACCUUCAAUGGUGAAGUCCACAUGCGGGCACUGGUCACGAGAUGCCAGCUGUGUUGCGGCGGGGAGAAGAUGGACGGUGCUGGGAGAAAGGAGCCAGCCGCAGCCGCUCGGACCAGGGGGCUGCCCGGGAAUGGGGCUCCCCAGGGAUCUGGGGCGGCCUCCCCCAGUGCCAGGCGAGGAGACAGGCGGAGGGGCAGGGUGACCAGGGGAGAAGGAGGCGAAGGAGUCGCGUCUCUCAAGGCGGCAGACCCACGGCAGCAGGGGGCUGGGUGGGGGCAGAGCUGCGUCGUCCUGGACGCGUGCACGGCAGCAGCCUUCAUCUCAAACCAGCUGGACGAGCGGAUGGUCGUCAUCGGGCUCAUCCUUGAGAAAAAGCUAGGCCUACGGCAUGGCCUGUACGCCUGGCAGCGCAGCCUGGAGAGGAGGAGAGCCCUGUGGGGACAGGGAGGCAGCAGAGAGGGGGCCGGUGCGGAGCGUGCUGGGGACAUGGGGGACAGGGACCAAAGUUAGGGUUGGGGUUUGCAGUUGGCUAAUAAACCUCUGUUUUACGUGCAAUCUGCAGGAGUGAUCUGGGGCCCGACACAGCAGCAGGGGGAGGGCAGGGUCUAGUGGCUGGCACUACGGUUGCCAGGUGUCCAGUUUUCGACAGGCCUGGUCGAAAAGGGACCCUGGCGGCUCCGGGCAGCACCGCUGACCAGGCCGUUAACAGUCCACUUGGCGGCACAGCGGGGCUAAGGCAGGUUCCCUGCCUGCCGUGGCUUCACGCAGCGCCCAGAAGUAGCGGUAUGUCCCUGUAGUAGUUCCGGGGUGGGGCUCGUCCCUUUCAGGGGCGCCGGGGAGCCAGGCCGCCCCGCUACAAAGCGAAUAACAGUUUAAGGUUCAGGCCCUUAUGCAGGGAGUGAGCACACAAGUACCAGCCCCGGCCCUAGGUCAGGGCGGGGCAGCAAACCAAUCGUCAGUCAGAGGCCCAGGCCCCUUGGACAAGGAGGA